CUCCAUAGUAGUUUGACAGUUAAUGUCGAUAUGAGAAUGCUAGGGGGGCUGAUGUAAUACCAGAAAGGCAUAUCGAUUAUACCUAAGUAUAAUAUUAUGAACAAACAACGGUCAAAUGUGUAUGCAUUAAGAGCAUUUGGCAUGCUCCUGUUGCCAAAUUAACUCCAAGGGAAUGUCUCGCAAAUCGCUCCCGUACUCGUAUGGUUAUUACGAAAUAUGCGUCGUGCCGGUCGGUCAGUGUGUAUAAUGCUUUGAUUUUAUUGUGUCAAGCAGUCUUGAUGCCGCAUAGUUAUCCGCUGCGUGUGCGCAGGAAACGGUCGCGUGUCCCUCCAUCUUACUUUAUUCCCGCGAUUUAUUAAUUCGUUUAUCAUCCGUCCUAAUAUUACCAAUAGGCAAACUACAAAAGUUUCACCGGUAGUGAUUAUAAGUACAGUUUAAAAUAAGUGUUCUUCUGUGUGGAGAAAGGUAACGUCGCGAUAUGAACAAGAAGUCUCAAAAGAAAAAGCAAAAGAAGCGGGGGAAGGGAGAUGGCGGGAAGAACAAGGAGAACAUAGUUGUAGAGGAUAAAGAGGGGCAGGAGACUGAUGAUGCAGCGGAGGACACGCCGGCGCCGGCGAUAGCAGAAAAACCAGAAAAUCUCUGCUAUGAAGUGAAACAUUCUGAUGUUAUGGGAAGAUACUUGGUUGCGUCCCGGGACAUCCGGGCCGGUGAGGUGAUUAUCCAGGAGCCAGCGCUAGCUGUUGGCCCGUGCAGUGGCUGCUGCCUCGUCUGCCUCGGCUGCUACCGCGAGCUCGACGAGGCAUCUUUGACCAGAUGCCGAGGCUGCAAGUGGCCUCUGUGCAGCGCCUCGUGCCCAGGUCUGGGCAAGUACACGGGCCACUCGCGCUACGAGUGCGACACCUUGAGGAGUGUGCCGCCCAACUACUCCGACCUCGAGGACUUGAAGGACUCCUACCAUGCGUUAAUGCCUUUGAGAUGUUUACUUCUCAAAAAGCACGAUCCCUCUAAAUGGGAGAAAGUGUCACAAAUGGAAGCUCAUAACGAGUUGCGUCGCGCCAGGGGAGACAUCUUUCCCCUCAACGAGCGGCUGGUGGUACGGCGGCUGCAGGCGUGGAAACUGCCGUACGAGCCAGAGGAAAUACACACAGUAUGCGGCAUACUGGAGGUAAACGCGUUCGAGGUAGGCGGCAGCGGAGCAAACGCCCGCGCGUUGUACGACCGCGCGUAUCUACUAGCUCACGACUGCACCCCCACCACUACCCAUACGGACCUGGAGCGCGCGCCCGCCCGCCCGCUCGUGGUGCGCGCCGCUCUACCGCACCGCACUGGUGACGUCAUCGCCCUCUGCUACGCGUACACCUUACAGGGCACGCUGAAACGCCUUGAGCACAUCAAGCACAGCAAGUUCUUCGAGUGCACGUGCGCGCGGUGCUCGGACCCCACCGAGCUGGGCACGCACGCGAGCGCCUUCCGCUGCCCGCGCUGCGAGGGGCGCGUGCUGCCCGCCGCGCCAACGGUACCCGCAGCGCCCUGGCUCUGCGCCUGCGGGUACAACAUGCCGGCCGCGGCCGCGAGACUGCUGCUCGCCAGGCUCACGGAAGAAUACGAGCAGAUCGACGUCAACGACGUGGAGGGUUUCGAGGGUUUCCUGCACAAGUACCGCAACGUGGUGCACCCCACGCACUACCUGUGCCUAUCCGCCAUGCAUUCGCUCAGCCAGCUCUACGGAAAGGUGACCGCCUACAUGAUCCACGAGAUGACGGACGCCCAGCUCAACAGAAAGAUACACAUCUGUCGCGAGCUGAUGAAGGUGUUCGACGUCAUCGAGCCGGGAUAUUCUAGAUUGAGAGGAGUCACGUUGUAUGAACUCCAUGCGCCACUGAUGAUCCUCACCACAAGAGACUUCGAGAGGAAAGCUAUUACUAAAGAAAACCUUCGGAGUCGUCUGAAGGAGAUCUUCGGGUACCUGACGGAGGCAGCUUUGAUUCUGGGCUUCGAGCCAGCGCACUCGUCCGAAGGUCUGAUGGCUACGGCAGCGAGGGACGCCCUGAAGAAGAUCAAAACUUGGGAACAGAUCAUCGGCAAGAUAUCCUAAAACACGAUAUAAACAACUAUAUUUGAUGAAGGCGUUAAAAAGUUCUAGAAUUUACUUUUUAAACUUAUAUUUUUUUUUAUAAAAUCAAAUAAAACAAACCUUCAACGGUUUGUAUGAGUUAAUUUAUUUUUUCUUGACGUUUCGCAGCCUUUUCAUUCUGCGUCGUCUGUAGAAUUAUGAUUUUUAUUUACUUCGUCGAGCUACCUUCGAAAGACUUUAUAAAAUGUUAUUUUGAAAAUAUUACUUUAAGCUCGUUCAGAAUGAUUUCCACGUAGAAAAUGAACAAUUAAAAUGGUUAAACCUUCUGUGUUCCCAAUAAUUUGUUAUCAUGCAAAUUGAAUGUGCUAGAGGAUGGGUUAGAAGAAAUAGUUAUGUACAAACUAUGAAAUUAUAAUUAGACCAGGGUCGAUCAUUUUAAAAAUGGUGAAAAGUGAAAAAAAAAUAUAGUAGGAUGAAACCCAUUGGAAAAGGUAGAGAAUAUAACAAAAGUUAAAGGAAAAAUAAAUUGCGGGCGAUCUGAGGUCGGGAAGGGGGAGGGGGUGAAUGUUUACGGGUAAAAACCGGUUAAUCUCGAUUUCCGGGAAAACUGAAAGUCCUAUGAAAAAAAGUUAAAUGGCAAAGUUGUAGGUAAUAAAAAGAUCUACAUCUUUUGUAUCGACACUUUUUUCACAUAACCUCAAAAUUUAUGUGAAAAAAUCGAAUAACCGAGUU